AGGAACAGGGCUGUGAGAGACAGACAGGGCUUAUUUUCUGAAAUGAAACACAAAUUAUUCAGAAAGAAAAUGAUUGAACAGAAAAGGCUUGAGGAGGAAUGGAGCAGAAGAGAGGAGGAGCUGACAGAGAGGAUGGCGAAGGCUGUGGUUGACUCAGAGACAGAGGAAUCCACACUGCCAUUCAGGAAGAGGAGAAACAGCUUGGAUUUACCUCCUCCUUCUUUGAGUGGAGGGACUCCAGCCCCCUCUGAAGCAGGCAGCUCUGUGUGGGAUUCCCAUACAGCUCUGAAACUUUCCAGUAGGAAGGUGUCAUGGUGGCUGAAAAGGAGUAAACCAGAGAGUUCUGCAUCACCUGGAUUCGGAACACGGAGUUCUGUAGUGAGUGAAGCAGAGGAGCCUGACAGGGUGACCCUGGAAGAGGACUGUAAAAUAGAAAGAAAACAGGAGAGCUUUGAGGAGGAAUGGAGCAGAAGAGAGGAGGAGCUGAUAGAGUGGAUGUUGGAGGCUGUGGUUGACUCAGAGACAGAGGGAUCCACACUGCCAUUCAGGAGGAGGAGAAACAGCUUGGAUUUACCUCCUCCUUCUUUGAGUGGAGGGACUCCAGCCCCCUCUGAAGCAGGCAGUUCUGUGUGGGAUUAUCAAUCUGCUCAUGAGGUUUCCAGUAAGAAGCUGUCAUGGUGGCUGAAAAGGAGUAAAGCAGAGAGUUCUGCAUCACCUGGAUUCGGAACACGGAGUUCUGUAGUGAGUGAAGCAGAGGAGCCUGACAGGGUGACCCUGGAAGAGGACAGUAAAAUAGAAAGAAAACAGGAGAGCUUUGAGGAGGAAUGGAGCAGAAGAGAGGAGGAGCUGAUAGAGUGGAUGUUGGAGGCUGUGGUUGACUCAGAGACAGAGGGAUCCACACUGCCAUUCAGGAGGAGGAGAAACAGCUUGGAUUUACCUCCUCCUUCUUUGAGUGAAGGGACUCCAGCCCCCUCUGAAGCAGGCAGCUCUGUGUGGGAUUACCAAUCUGCUCAUGAGGUUUCCAGUAGGAAGGGGUCACGGUUGCAGAAAAGGAGCAACCCACAGAGUUCAGCAUCAUCUGGAUACGGAACACGGAGUUCUGUAGUGAGUGAAGCAGAGGAGCCUGACAGGGUGACUCUGGAAGAGGACAGUGUAGGUGACACGCCAAACUGAAAACAUCACGCUGCCCCCAUGUGGUAGAUUAUGUAUCUGUUUCAUUAUCUGUUGUUUUACAAAAUCUAGCUAAUUGUAAAUCAACUAGCCGCCUAAUAUUUUCAAAUGCUUUUGCUUUCCAUUGUUUUAGAUAUAUAAAAGUCAAAGUUUCUUCAUAUGUCUGACUACAGAUAGUUUUAUUUGUAAUCAGUUGUAACUGUAACUUCCAGAACACGUCUCCUGUCUGUUCUGGCCCCACGAUGGUGGAAUGACCUCCCUGUGGAGGUCAGAACAGCUGAGACUGUGAACA